GACGCAACUGUGCGAAUUUGAAGUCUGUUCUAAACAUCAAGUUAACAGGAUUUUUCCGGAACGGGAUGUUACGCUGUUAUCAAAAGGCCUUAAGAGAGUUAGAAGAAAGCAGAGACAGACAGAAGGCUGCAAGCGAGGUUGAACAACUGAACCUGCUUCACGGCGAACAAGUCAAGAAUGGUGAACAUUCGGUUAGAGAUGGAGAAAAAGUCGAAGGUAAACGUGAUAAAAUGCAAAAGAGAUCCCACAAACAAGAGGAUUUUUCUACAGCAAAAAGCACAUCGCGGAAGCAUCAUAAACCCAAGAAGAAAAGGGAAAAGGAGCAGCCGGAAAAGAGGAAAAAAAAAGAAUUGGAAACUGUACACGAUUCAACGACUAUCAUCGAGGCAGCAGCUCCUGAAUGGGAUGAACAGCUAAAAUAUAAUAAAAAUGGAAUCAACAGGAAAGCGAGAAAAUCAAAGAAAAGACAUGGCGAUGAAGCAACUUACACGAAUGGCGAUAAAAGAUGCGAAACUCAGGCAAAGAAACAAAAAAGUGACUUAGAGAUUGCUUCAGAUACAGGAAAGAGGAAAAAGAAAUUAAAAAGAGUGCACACGCCAGAAUUUCCAGAGGGUACAGACGAAAAUCACAAGAAGCUUAGUGACGACCUAGAGAUUGUUUCAGAUUCAGAGAGGAGGAAAAAGAAAAAGAAAUUAAAAGGAGAGCACCCAUCAGGAUUUCCAGAGGGUACAGACAAAAAACGCAAGAAGCAUAGUGACUUAGAGAUUGUUUCAGAUACAGAGAGGAAGAGAAAGAAAUUAGAAAGAGACCACCCAUCAGAAUUUUCAGAGGGUACAAUAAAAAAACACAAGAAGCAUAGUGACUUAGAGAUUGUCUCAGAUAAAGAGAGGAGGAAAAAGAAAAAGAAAGUAAAAAGAGACCACCCAUCAGAAUUUUCAGAGGGUACAGUCAAAAAUCACAAGAAGCAUAGUGAUGUAGAGAUUGUUUCAGAAAGAGAGAAGAAGAAAAAGAAAAAGAAACUAAAAAGAGACUGCUUGUCAGAAUUUUCGGAGGGUACAGUCAAUAAACACAGGAAAGAUGAAAAAAAUAAUGGUGAAAAUUGUACUACAAGUGAUCAAAUAACAGAUAUAAACAAGCAGGCAUCUGUGGAGCAGUGUAUACCAGAAAGGUCAAAACAUGAUGUAAGUUCUCAAGGAGAAUCUUCUCAGUCAAACACUCAUCAUUCAACAGACAGCCCUGGAAAGGUAUCUCUAAGACCUAAUCACAAAAAGGGGAAGAGACACAAAAGCAAAGACAAUUUGAUUGGAAACAGAACCCUCAGUGAAAGUGUUGUAAAUGGCAAUAAUCACAGAACUGGAGUUACGGAGAAUGUAACUGUUAAGCCAAACAUUGAUAAGGCAAAGUUAGCAGAAGCUAUAAAGAAUUCUGAGAUAAUUCAGGAAAACUACUACCUUUCUAAAGCACAAAGAAUUGAAUUCAGUGAACAAGGAAUAACCAUAAGAAUAGGACAAUGGUCCACACAUGAGAUGGAGUUGUUAAGAUAUAACAUGGCUCAAUUUCUGAAGUGUCAUAACCUCUCAGAUCCUGCCAGGCUCCUGUUUGCUUCACGAAAUAAGGAUUCAGAAGAAAGGAUUUAUUGGACUCGCUUUGUCCGUAGAAAUAAACUUCUCAAAGAGCUUGGUAAAGGUAUCCAAAGGUCACCGCUUUCUAUCUACCAAUGUGCAAGAAGGAUUUAUGAUGAAAAGAAUUAUGUUGGAGCGUACACUGAAAGUGAGAUUCAAAAAUUGAAAAGGUUGGCGGAAAUACAUGGCUCAGAUUGGGUUGGUAUUGGUGAGGUGAUGGGUAGAAGUUCCAUGUCUUUGAACCGCAAGUAUGCAAAACUAGUAAAUGAUGAAGUUGAAGAAAAGAAAGGAAAAUGGACAGAGGAGGAGAUUCAUCGUUUGAACGAAGCUGUCCAUGUUGUUACAAAUACUUCUGAGGAGGAGGCAGUUUAUCAUGACAUUUACUGGCCGGCAGUCUCGCAGAUGGUCAAAUCGAGGGGCACUGAACAGUGUAGAAGAAAAUGGUUGCACAAGCUGUGCUGGAGCAUGAAUGACAAUGAGGUCCAGAGAUGGACGAAAAGUGAUGACAUGACACUUGUGGAAAGCCUGUAUGAGUCUGAAUACAUGGAGGAGUUUGAUGUGGAUUGGAUGGACAUUCAGUCCGCGUUUGAAACUAAAUACUCGCCACAUUUUCUUUGCCAUAAAUAUUUAAAUCUCAAGAAGAGCGUACCCAACUACCAACUGUUAAACUUUGAAGAAAUUGUGGAUUAUCUGUACCAGCUCUUUGUAAGAGCUAUAUUGGAAGCCGAGGCACAACUGGACAGCGGAUUGCUCAGCGACCAGACAGAGUAGUUACAACCUGUGUUUGCCGUUGUGGCUACAUGACCCAGAGAAGACAAAUUUCAGAGAGGAGAUAUUUUUUUAUUUCUAGGGGAAAAAAUGGAAUUUUCGAGUGGAUUAUAGUAGCAUUUCCGGGAUUUGCUAUAUAGGCACACUAUGUGCUGCGCGUUAUUUCCAUGACAUUUUUUUAGUGACUGCAAUCCCAUAGUCGGCAGACGUAUAUUCUGCAAGAAGUUUUGUCCUUCGAGAAAAGCGUAGCAAUUAAUUUGAUCCUUCUCAUCCCGUUUUGUUUCUUCAAUUUCCUUUAAUUGCUGGCUGUGAUUUUACAAGAGCUUAAAAAUUCACGCAGACUGCUUCGAAUCCCCUUAUUUCUCCAAACGU